GCCAGCUCGCACCUUCCCACUGGCAUGAAGGCAUAGUCGACACGAGCCUGCCCGUCUACUGUCGCUCGCUACAUUCGUCAUUCAGCAUCGCAUACCAUGGUUGAGAAGCGCCCCUCAAUCGAGGGUCUCGUCGACAAUGUCGACCCCCGAGAGUCUCACGAGCUCGAAGAGCUGCCCACUUUCGAGAAACCCUUGACCGAGCCCACGCCAGUAUCGCUCAAGGAGAAGCUGAUAACAUGUUUCUGGAUUGCGCUCAAUACCCUCUCAACCCUGGGCUUGAUUUUUUUGAGCAAGCGGGUCUUCAGCGACAAGCAACUAAAAGGCUGUCAACUCAUGGUCGUCAUGUGGCAUUUCACAGCCACCGGCCUCGUCCUCUUCAUCUCGACCCUCCGACCUUUCCACGCCUUCAAGGCCGUGCGACUGAACGUCUGGAACAUGCUGCCCGUCUGCGGCUUCUUCGCCGGAUACGUUGUGCUUGGCAACCUUAGCUUGACCUUCAACUCGAUCGGAUUCUACCAGCUCUCCAAGGUCAUGACUACACCGACCGUCGUUCUCAUCAACUUUGUUCUGUUCCGAAAGCAGGUCACACGAUACAUGCUGGCUGCAAUCUUGGCCACAUGCAUUGGUGUUUCUUUCACCAUCAACGAGGCUGCCAAGACCCAGCUCUUCGGUGUCAUCGUGGCCACACUAGCAUUCUGCAGCACUGCUCUGUACCAGAUCUGGAUUGGCAAGAAGAUUGAAGACUUUGCUGUUUCCCCACCUCAACUUCUGCUCAACCAGGCGCCAAUCUCCGUCUGCCUCCUCAUUCCCUUCGUCCCGUUCUUCGACACAAUCCCGAAUCUUUCAACUGUACCCACCGAUAUCCUCUGGAGCGUUUGCGCCUCUGGUAUCAUGGCUUCUAUGUACAACUUGAGCCAGUUCUUGAUCAUUGGUCGCACGAGUGCACUCACAUUCAACAUUGUCAGCCACCUCAAGACUAUCAUGAUCUUGAGUAUAGGAUGGUACAGUGAAGGCAAGAUAUUGAGUGGCAGAGAGUGGUUUGGUGUACUUCUCGCGCUUGGUGGUGGCUGGGUGUACUCGCACCUUGCUCUCAAGGCAAAGAAGCAGGGCGGAAAGUAAGAUGCGAGACAAGAUGCUCUGUUGUCUGUGUAUGCGGACCUUUGUGCCGUUCGCGCGACGAGCAUUCGUUGGGUUUGGAGCUUCCCUUACAUCUUCAUCGCUUUUGGCUACGCAUUUUUUGGGAUUGGGCUCGAUAGCAAUGCGUGGAAUGGGCUAGGCGAGUGGUUACGCCUUUUUACAAAAACAACUUGACGACGAUAGAUUGGCACGGUUCAGACACCAAAGCGCUUUUCUUGACAUCCGGUCACUUCUUCUUAGGGGGGUCAGCAGCGGGGAGUUUGGAGACCCAUCUUUUAUGCUUGUAGCAAGCAUCUUUUCUUCCCUAACCAUCUGGGGUUUUCUUUGAUCAUGUUUAUCGAUACGGCGCUAUAUACUCCAAUGAUAUAAUUCCUAAAGUUCAACAGCUUAUCGUAUAUGG